UAUAAAUUAUUGCUGGAUAAAUACAUUAACCUAGGCUAGUAAGUUAAUAUAAACAAUUAAUAAGUGCUGCAGAAGCUAAUUUAUUAAAAAUAUUAAUCUUUCGUUAUUGGUAUUGAAAUAUCGUCGAAGUGGUGUGAAAGAGAUAGUUCGUACAAUGCCGUAUGGAAUGUCAUGGUCUCGAUUUAUUUCCUUCAUUUCAUUAGCAUUUCUUACGACUGCGUCUGGCUCGCAAGCUGUGCAUCUUAUAUACAGGCCCCUUGACGAUUUAGAUGAUUUGAUAGAAGAGGCAUUUCAGAAAAGACUAUCAGAACUACAAGAUCAUAAAUAAUAUGUAAUUAAAUAUAUUGAUUCGGUUACUGCUAUUAAUUUUUCAAUUGUUUUAAUAAUCUAUUAAACAAUAAGAUCUUUUGUAAGAAGUGGGGUUAAAUUGAUAGGGAAGGAAUAAUAACGAAAACUAAAAAAUGAAUCAGCAACUUGAAGUUACACUCAAAUUUUAAUCACAAUACGAGAUUUAAUAAAGCACAAUUUAUUUCAUCAUAGUUUA